CAUCCUGUCCACCGUGUAACAUGAACCCAACGCACCCUUUUAACUACGCCAGUUUAAUACGCCAGGUACGUUGGACGCCACCCGCCAAUUAUAGAAGAAGAAGAAGAAGAAAAAAAAAGAAACAGAAAAAGAAAAAGAAGAAGAAGCAGCAGCAGCAGCAAAAAUGGCGGACUUGUUAAACUUCGGGUCAACGCUCAGGCAAACUAUAAGUUGCCUGUUCAAGGUGCAGUUAUCACUGGUCCUAAGUGUUGAAUCCCACUUUAAAUGCUAGCUAGUGUUCGGUUCAGCCACGUUGCUUCAGCAGAGCCACGCGCUAACUGCUAAUGUCCAGCUUCCGGCUCGUUGCCGCCCGAUGAUGAGGAGCGUGCGGACUUCAUCCAGUGAGUCCACGUGCUUCAAACACGCGGUGGAAAGCUCCAACACUGGACUGGGCCCCAACACUGACCACCUGCUCAAACUCCCCUCUCCACAGCUUCUCUUGGAUUACUUAAUGAGACUCAGCACCCAUUCAGUCAGGGCCAGAUGCUGGUGUCUGUAGGUUUGGUUUGGAUUUCACCCUGUGAAAUCCCAGACUUCAGCACGUGAACUCAUGAGGAACCUUGUGACCAGCAAACUUAAGAGGACAAAUGACUGCAUCUCACUCACAAGCUAGUUACUCUGAAACUAUUUUUAUUUGCAAUGGCCACUAGCUCUCCAGAGAAAGAUCAAACCCUCCUGCAGCUCCAGGAAGUGGACUCCAGUCGAGGUGGCAGUCGCGUCCUCGCCCCAAUUCUCAGUUCCUCCUCUCCUGGUCUAGCACUCGAAACCAGCCAGCCCAUCUGCAUCCCGUCUCCUUAUACCGACCUGGGUCACGACUUCUCCACCUUACCAUUCUAUAGUCCUAGUAUCUUCAGUUACGCUGGUCCCAGCUUUUCAGACUGUCCCUCUGUCCAUCAGUCACUAAGCCCCUCAAUAUUCUGGCCAAGCCAUGGACACGUAGGACCUCCCGUACCACUGCACUGCUCCCAGGGCCGACCCCAGCACAGUCAGCAAAUCCCGAGUCCCUGGGUGGAGCUGACGCCACAGAACAGUGUUCUAACGGCCAGUAAGAGCGCGAGGAGACGUUCCCAUGAGAGCGAGGAGUGUGUGGCGUCGUCGGGCGUGAAGGCCGAUCUCCACUUCUGUGCCGUGUGCCAAGACUACGCCUCAGGUUACCACUACGGAGUGUGGUCCUGUGAAGGCUGUAAGGCCUUCUUCAAGAGGAGCAUACAAGGACACAAUGACUACAUCUGCCCGGCCACUAACCAGUGCACCAUAGACAAGAACCGCCGUAAGAGCUGCCAGGCCUGUCGCCUGCGCAAGUGCUACGAAGUGGGAAUGAACAAGUGUGGCAUGCGUAAGGAGCGAGGGAACUACAGGAACCCUCAGAUGAGGCGGCUGACGCGUCUGGCGUCACAGAGCAAGCUCAGUGACCCAAAGCCUGCAGGACCAGCAGACGGUCUGAUGAAGCAGGCCCGCUCGCCCGCCAUGACCGCAGAGCAGCUGAUUGAGAGAAUCAUGGAGGCGGAGCCGCCAGAGAUCUACCUCAUGAAGGACAUGAGGAAGCCACUGACGGAAGCAAACGUCAUGAUGUCGCUCACUAACCUGGCUGACAAAGAACUGGUUCACAUGAUCAGCUGGGCCAAGAAGAUUCCAGGGUUUGUGGAGCUCAGUCUCCUGGACCAGGUGCACCUGCUGGAGUGCUGCUGGCUGGAGGUGCUGAUGAUCGGACUAAUGUGGAGGUCCGUGAACCAUCCAGGGAAACUCAUCUUCUCCCCUGACCUCAGCCUCAGCAGAGAAGAGGGGAGCUGUGUCCAGGGCUUCGUGGAGAUCUUCGAUAUGCUGAUAGCAGCCACGUCCAGAGUGAGAGAGCUGAAGCUGCAGAGGGAGGAGUACGUCUGCCUCAAGGCCAUGAUCCUUCUCAACUCCAACAUGUGCCUGGGCUCCACGGAGGGCAGCGAGGAGCUGCAGAGCCGCUCCAAGCUGCUGCAUCUGCUGGAUGCUGUGACGGACGCUCUGGUGUGGGCCAUCGCCAAGACGGGCCUCACCUUCCGCCAGCAGUACACGCGCCUCGCCCACCUGCUCAUGCUGCUCUCUCACAUCCGCCACCUCAGCAACAAAGGCAUGGACCACCUGCACCGCAUGAAAAUGAAGAACAUUGUGCCUUUGUACGACCUGUUGCUGGAGAUGCUGGAUGCCCACAUCAUGCACAGCUCCCGUCUGCCUCACAGAGCCGCACCGCAGGACGCGUCUGCCCGGGUCCCCAGCUCUGGAAGCGGCCCCUCAAACACCUGGACUCCCAGCAGCACCGAGGGCACAGGUGAACCCUAGUAGUCAGCAGGUCGGACACCAGCUUGAUGGGUGUGACAGGAUUCCCUGCUCCUUCAGCCUGUGAAUGCUAAACCCUGACACACUGUGCACUAACUCUAAUUACCUUAAAGUUUAACGUUUAACCAGACCCUAUGUUAAAGAGUCACUGCCUCAGCACAGCCAGGUGACAAACAACGAUCAUAAUAUAAUCAGUACCUGCUUAAAUAUUCAUGUGAUCUCCUGCCACGAUUCCCUCGAGGCUCAGAAGCUGUUUUUAUCGCACUUAAUGAACCGCAAGAUCAGGACAGGAGACAACCAUGACAGGAGCCCAUUACCAUAGAAACCAGUGCAGCACACCAGCACAGGCACAAACACUGUCUGAAUAAUGUGAUCAGUGUGGAUCAGCUCUUAAUGUAACGCAGCCCCACGGUGACCUCAGCGGUGAACACAUGGUUAAACCAGCUAAUUAAUUAACGCGGUUCAGCUCGUUUAAGCCCAAAACGUGUGAAACCUGAUUUCAUGCCAGUGCCUGAAAUGUAGAAGGCGUUGUUGCUAAAUGCUGAUGUUUUGUUAGUAGUUCACAGCUUGUACAAAAGAGCACAAAGUCUGAAAAGGCUCCGUUUUACGUUUUACAUCUCGCUUCUUAUUGAGGGGUUUGUGUUUGGAGCCUUUCCUUUGACACAGCUGCUACUCAACUUUUAACACUCUACCACUAGAAGGUGCUUUUCUUCACCUCCAGCCGGAGCCUGAUACGGUGCACAACUGAGCAGCAGCAGGCGAGUCGAGCUUUGUGUCGCUGUCCAGUCUUUUGCUAAACAGAAUCAGAGCCUCUGUUGCUCUUGACAUGUUGCACUCACAUGUACCAAGUUUUGUUUGAACAGGAAGAGACUAUUUUUGUAUCUUGUACUUCACAGUAGCUCUUGUGCAGCAUCAAUGCAAGUCAGACAAUCAAACCACUGUACGAUUAAUGCCCCAUCCCAUAAUGCUUCUACUUUUAUGUCACCAUAAACUGUAUCACGGCAGUGUAAAAUGUACUUUAUACCUGUUUCACUUCAAAGUAAACCAGUAAAUGAAACAA